UCAAAAGAUGAAAGUCUUCUGGGAAGGGGCACAAAUAACUUAAGUUUUAACAAGAAGGAGAAACGACAAAAUCCUCAAAGACUCAUCUUGAUUUAUAUUUCUUCAUUGUUUUAUUUUCUUGGUACGGAGAAAGAGCCAUUCAGAUGAGAAAAAGCAAAAGAGGGGGAAAACAACUAGCUGGAGGAUGAUGACAUUUAAUGUAGUGCACUCUAUCAAGCUGUAAUAAUUCAGUCCCUGUCAUUUCUGCGAAUUUUCAACAUUACAGUCUCCGCUCGAAGGAAAGAAGAAGUAACCGAAACCUAUUUCGUUCCGGUUUUAUUUGCAGUUUCUCGCUGACUCCUUUCUCUUGGAAUUGUUUCUUGAAAGGUUCUUUAAUUCCGCCCUUGCCGUUUGCUCCGUUCACCUCAUCUCCUGGUGUGUGUGCGCGCGCGUGCGCGCGCGCGCGGACUCUCUUCAGCUCCUCUGGUGCUCGGCGGCACGCGGACAGCGGAGAGCAAACACACACGCGACCACCCGGUCGUGGAGGAGGAAAGGGAGGGAGCGGGGAGAUCUUUAGUUUUGAGGGGGAUUCUUCAUGUUCGGGAUACCGGAGAGCGUGCAGCGCGGCGGAAACACUCUUAAGCAGGAGCCGCUGGGCGCCGGCAUGAACGCAGUGAGGACGUGGAUGCAGAGUGCCGGCGUGCUGGACGCCAACACCGCCGCGCAGAGUGGAGUGGGUUUGGCCCGAGCUCACUUUGAGAAGCAACCGCCGUCCAACCUGCGAAAAUCCAACUUCUUCCACUUCGUGUUGGCUCUUUAUGACCGGCAGGGGCAGCCCGUGGAGAUCGAGAGAACAUCAUUCGUCGGAUUCGUGGAAAAAGAGAAGGAGACGACAGGAGAAAAGACGAACAAUGGGAUCCAUUACAGACUACAGCUUCUCUACAGUAACGGCAUUAGAACGGAGCAGGAUUUUUACGUGCGUCUCAUUGAUUCAAUGACCAAACAGGCGAUCAUCUAUGAAGGUCAGGACAAGAACCCUGAGAUGUGUCGUGUGCUACUGACCCAUGAAAUCAUGUGCAGUCGGUGUUGUGACAAAAAAAGCUGUGGCAACCGAAAUGAGACACCUUCUGACCCUGUGAUCAUUGACAGGUUCUUCCUAAAGUUCUUCCUGAAAUGCAACCAGAACUGUUUGAAGAAUGCUGGUAACCCACGGGACAUGCGGCGCUUUCAGGUGGUAGUGUCAACCACAGUGAGUGUAGAAGGACAUGUUCUUGCAGUGUCAGACAACAUGUUUGUGCACAACAACUCCAAACAUGGACGAAGAGCACGGAGACUGGACCCUACGGAGGGAACGCCAUCAUAUUUGGAACAUGCAGCAGCACCUUGCAUCAAAGCCAUUAGCCCAAGCGAAGGAUGGACAACGGGGGGCGCUACAGUUAUAAUCAUUGGGGACAACUUUUUUGAUGGAUUGCAGGUUAUCUUCGGCACCAUGCUGGUAUGGAGUGAGCUCAUCACGCCUCAUGCCAUCCGUGUGCAGACACCUCCUCGGCAUAUCCCAGGGGUUGUAGAGGUUACGCUAUCCUACAAGUCUAAACAGUUCUGCAAAGGGACACCAGGCAGAUUCAUUUACACAGCUUUAAAUGAGCCCACCAUUGAUUAUGGUUUCCAGCGGCUACAGAAGGUCAUCCCUCGGCAUCCUGGAGACCCAGAGCGCUUGCCAAAGGAAGUGAUUUUGAAGAGAGCAGCAGAUCUGGUGGAGGCAUUAUAUGGAAUGCCUCAUAACAAUCAGGAGAUCAUACUGAAGCGGGCUGCUGACAUAGCUGAGGCACUCUACAAUGUACCACGUAACCACAAUCAGCUAACAGGGCUCACCAACAGCUCUGUCCAUGCCAGCAUGAUGGGGGUGAACUCCUUUACUGGACAAAUCACUGUUAAUGUGUCGGAGUCCUCUCAAGGAGGCAAUCAGGGCUUUAAUCGAAACACAAGCAGCGUGUCUCCUCAUAGUUAUGUGCCGAGCUCCACACCGCAGCAGAGUAGCUACAGCAACGUGGCCACCAGCAUGAAUGGCUAUGGCAGUACGGCCAUGAGCAACCUGAGUGGCUCACCAAGCUUCCUCAACGGCUCAGCUGCCAACUCUCCAUAUGCUAUUGUUCCUUCCAGUCCCACCAUGGCUUCAUCCACCAGUUUGCCAUCCAACUGCAGCAGCUCCUCUGGAAUUUUCUCCUUCUCUCCAGCAAACAUGGUGUCAGCAGUGAAACAGAAGAGCGCAUUUGCUCCUGUGGUGCGGCCUCAGAGCUCUCCUCCACCCACAUGCACCAGCACCAAUGCCAAUGGCCUCCAAGAUCAGUCUUUUGUGGACUCUAACAAGUACUCCUCUGCCAGUGCACUCCAGGGCUUGGCAUUCUCCUGAACAACAACAGCAGCAAUCCCUGGAAUGAUUGUUCCUCCUAUGUAGUGUGUGUGUGUGUGUGUGUGUGUGUGUGUGUGUGUGUGAGAGAGAGAGAGAGAGAGAGAGAACCCAGGACACACUCUUUCCUGGCACUGGUCUCCCUAUAUGUGUCCAGAAGACUCCGGUUGUUGACUGACCCUGCAGUCACUCUCUGAAGGAUCACUUUAAACUCAGGCCCUUUUUAAAAAAAAAAUAAAUAAAUAAAAUCACCUUUAAAAUGAUAGAAGAAAAAAACACAACCUGGACUAUUGUAUGAAGUUUUGAUGUUGAAGUUUGUAUGGAACUGAUUGACCAAUUUUAAUAUAGUGUCCAUGCAGCGCUUAUUAGCCCAAACCCCACAUGUAGAACAGUUCUAUUUAUUUAACAUGUUGAAUUUUGGAUUGACAUCUGAAUUCUUGUGUUUUUGUGGAAGGAAAAUGAAAUGUGAGACACAAAGUACAUGAACUACAAUGUUGUUGUUGUUUUUUUUUUAAUUUAUGAUUUUGUUUGCUAAAUGAAGGAUUAUUGAGGAGAGGCAAUUUUAAAAUAUCACACCAAACAUGGAACUUUAUUCAGUCAUUAUCACCUAGAGUCAAAUUAAUCAGAAAACAGAAUUUACAAAAAAGAGAGUAAAACAAAAAUGAAUUGCACUGAUUUUUCAAAACUUGCUUAAGAUAAAUCGCUUUACCAAUUCAGAUUGGUUUACAAUGUUUUUCAUGGGAGUCAGGGUCACACAAUGCAAAGAUGUAUUUUUAUUGUUAUUUCCAGCUAGAUGAAAUGGGGUUUCAUCACACCAUAUCAACAAAUUAGCAUGUGAAAAUUGCAGCUACUACUAGCCAUCAGAGCAACUGAAUGAAAACCAGGCCAAUUGACCAGGGCCUGUAUUCAUCAAAAUUCUCUAAAAUUCUGAGGAUGACAAAAACCAGUUUUUGUUCAAAACUAUGAAUUGUGUUUUGGCAUAUUGCAAGCGUAAAUGGAGAGAGUUCAACACUUUUUGUUCCACCAUUACAAGACCCUGAAUUUCAGUGGUUCAUUGUGUUCAAGUAACCAACAAUUUCAGUUAAGAAUCACUUCUCAAGACAUAUAGAGAACAUUACAUGCAAUCACACCGGUGAAAUAACAUACAAUGCAAUACCCACAAAUGAUUCCUUUUCAUUUGUGACCAUGCAGACUGCAUUGUUCUUACAUCUCUAUAAUGAAAAACAAUCAACAGGUUUUAUAAAUGAAAUGCUGAAUUUGUGUCAGAAAUAAAUGCAAUUCCCCUUUGUGAUACAUUUUACUCACACCAGUAGAAAUCAUAACACAUUGAAAUGCAAUUUCUGGUUAAUUACAGCAUCAUGCCCUAAUUGUUGUGCUGAUGAUCUGCAGCUGAUUUCUUGUCCCAAGUAUAUCAAUAUUAUUUGUUUGCAACCAUGUGACCAAAACUGCUUGUGUCAUUGACCGCCACCAUGUUGGAGGACAUACAGUAGGAUAUACAUACAUAUAUACAUAUACACCGUAUGUAUGUAUAUGUAUGUACAUACAUACAUAUACAUACAUACAUAUGGUGCCACCCUAUGUGCCACUUGGCAUGGGAAGGACUUUGGCUUGGCUUGACACCGUGGUAAGAUAUACAGUGGUAAGAGUACAGACUGGAAGGUAAAGAGGAGUUACAUUUAGAAGUUUGUAGUCAUUUCUCAAGUCUAUUUUAAAAACAACCAUUUUGACUGCUUCAAAAGAUAUUUAUCUAACACACUAUAUAUUUAGUUAUAAAAGAGCACUCACUGGGCGAGGAAACUACAGUAUUUGAGGUAGUGGACUGACAUAAAUCUUGUUCUGUUCGAUUGACUCUGUGAUCAUUUGGGAAGAUUCUUCAAUAAUUUUGUUUCUUUCUGCACUCUAUAAGCCUAGCAUUUCGAGCUACCACUUUAGUACCAUCUUUGAUUUUGUUGUGGCCCAUAUUUUGUGUUGGAGCCCAGUCUGGAUCCAUAAAAUUGUAGAGAUCAGCUGGUUUUCCUAAUGCAAAGAAAAAGCAAAAUAAAAGCAGUGUCAUCAAAAAUUACAUACAGCUCUUUAAAAUGAAAUAAACAUAGAAGCCUUUGAUUAUUGGAUCACACACUCAUUGAUCACGGCUUUAUCACGUUUGACAGCGGUAAGUGUCUGCACUACCAGGCUAUUAAACGAUCCAAUAUUUUUUAUAUAUUGCGAUCUUUCAUUAAUAACUAGUUCAUAGCACUUACCAUUAAUAAAAUGUUCACUGCAGACUCGUGUUUUUUGCUUUCUCAUCGCUUAGAUCAGCCCGGUUUAUGUUGGACAACCAUUGACAUCUAUGCUCCGUGGACUCCGUGGAUGCUCUUGUUUUUUCUCCUUGAUUAUUUAUAAUUGCUGGAAUUCUAAAGAACUUAUAAGUCCCCUUGUGUCAAAUAGAGUUGUGCCCACAUCCAAUUACAGCACAAAGAGUAGGCAUAGCGAAGAAACAAAAGGAAUUCUUGAGCAUAACAGCCUCAAGCAUAUCUUCUAUAGUAAAUGUGCACCGUGUGAGUUUGUGUAUAUCCUCUAACAUGGCCCACUAACGGUUCAAAGCCUCAUGCAUAAUUAGCUAUGAUUUUAUGUGCCAAUGAAGAAUUGGUAUAUUAUUUUUGUGUUGUGCAUGUAACAUAUGCACAUGUGUGUCCUGCCACCCACAGAAUAUUGCAGCUGAUCACAUUACAUUUAUUCAUUCCGCUUCAAUAAGUACUUUAUCCUGAUCAGGGUCACUGUGGUUCUAGAGUCUAUCCCAGGAACAUGGAGCACAAGGCAUUGAUACAUCUUUUUUUUUUUAAUUAUUGUUAUUUCACAGUGAAAUGCAACACAGACAGUAUUUCUUUUCAUUAGUGACAUGUGGACAAUGUACAACAAUCAAUUACAGCAUUGAACAAUUUCACUGAUAAAUGUCAUCCUAUUCCUCACUUACUUUGAAAUUGUGUCAAAUAAAUCCUUGCUUACUUUGUUAGUGAUAAUAAAAUAACUAUACUCCUCUGAGCUGUGAGUAUAUUUAAUCAUGAAUCUUAUCAUGUUUUAUGAGUACUUUUGAAAAGCUUGAUAUCUGUGACUGGAUACCGAUUGCCUUUCAGUGUGGCACAGAUCCUACAUACUGAUGAAGGUACAAUACAGUAUGUUCACUUCACAACUUCAGCAUUUUAUUCUUGUAAAAUAUUUUCCCUGCUGAUUGUUUUUCAUGAAGGAGAUCAAGGUUUUGCUUUUCAAUGUGGAACAUGUCACUAGUGAGAAGCAAUACUGUUUAUGUGUACUGAUUAUAUUUCUUGUUUUUGUUUGUUUGUUUUUCAAUGUGGUGAUUGCUUUUUCAAUCCAGCAUGGAGUCUUUGCCACAGUUCUCCAAAGUUCUCUAAUAUAGCAUACGUUCUUAAUCAAAGUUAUCACAAUCUCACUUUGUCAUAGAGAGAUUCAUACUGAAAUGUAAAAACAAUGUGAGCUUCCCAUUUAAAGCUUUAAAUUCCCCAGAAAUCUCAAAUCAGCAUCAAACAUCAGUGACUGACUGACUAUGCAUCAAGUAUCAAACCUAACAUGCAAUAUGCUAUUGUCAAAAAAAAAAAUCAGUUGCCAAGCUAGAACCUCCACUAUGCUUUGCACACUAUCUUUAACUGCCAUGAGCUCUUUCUUUAAUACAUGAUCAUGCAAGAAAAAAAAAAUAGUUCAAGAAAAAUACAUGAUUGCUAACUGCACAAAAUCAACUUUAUAGGAUACAAAAAACACCAAUAAAACAGUUUAUAAUACCUAAAGCCAAUAUACAAAGCUCAGAGGAAUACAUACCCUCAAAACAUUUGAAUUGUUUGUUGCCACCAUUUACAAAAUGUUUAUGAAGGAAUGUGAUUUUGUGGUUUUGUCAUUUCAGAUUUAAAGAUUCCUUGAAUGUUCCUCAGAAUUUUUUUUCUUUAUUUUAUUUAUUUUAUUUUUUUUGUGAAGUAACUGUGACUAUAUUUGGUUUUUCAGUUGUAGAGUCCAUUAUACCCUGUGUGUAGAAAUGAAGAUUUGAAUGUGAGAAUGUGACAGGAAAGGUUAGUUGAUUAGCUGAUUUUAAUGGGUUAAUGUUGGACCUAUGCUGUUUCUAAUCAACGCAGUUUACCUGAUUGUCCUAAUAAUACAUCAGAGGGGAGGAAUGAAUUAUCGGGAAUUAAUAUACGAGCAGCUUGAACACUGUGAAAGUUACAGGCCUCUCUUACCAAUCAUAGGAUAUCAUAAUUAAUUAUUGCUAUAUUUUUGUUGUUAUUUUUAAACAUGUCUUUGUACAAAUUAAUAAGUAUGCAAAUUUGUUUUGCUAGAUUUUCUCUUUUACUUUGCCAAAGUUAUUGUUUGAAAUAUAUUUGUACAUCACAAAGAAGGCAGCUUUAUACAACUACUUUCACUUAUACAUCUGAUCUUGUGGAACAUCAAGAUUUUAUCACAAUGGAUUAUGUAAAAUACCCAUCUAGUAUAAUGUAUGUAUCACUUAGAUUUUAUACAUUGUUUUUAUUCAUUGAUCUUUAUUCAUGUUUGUUAUGAUAUGACAUGAUUUUUUUUUGUGUAUGUGUGUUUCAGUUGUCCACAUUUUUGUCGAUACAUUGUGAUUUUGUGUCCUACAUCAGUUUCAUGUUUAGGUUAACACCAAUAUUGUUAGUCCCAUCCACAUAAGGCCAGGGGUUUAUUUUUAUACCAUUUGUAAGUUAAUGAAAUUUUGUCUUACCUUUUAUGUUAGAUUUUUGUAUCAUGUGGCAAAAUUUGUGAAAUAUUAGACUCUUGGACCUUAUUCACUCAGUGUAUUGCCUAUAUAAAAAUAUAAAUAUAUAUAUAUAUACUUUAUUUUGCUUUGCUUCACAUUUCUGAGAUGUUGUUUUAUGCACAUUGUGUACAAUAUCUUUUUCUUUUUAAUUAUUCUUAUCCAUGUUCAAAGUUUUCUUACAUCCACCAGCAGUUAAAAUGCCUUAAAAAUGCAGAUGCUCAUCUCCAUUUUGUUGCUGUUGAUUUUGCUGGGUAGGUUGUCAAAAAGUAAAAAGUGACUUGGCAAGGGUUUGCUUGUAAGGGUGUUAAAAACAGCACAAAAUCCCAUAGAAAUCUGAUCUAUUACUGAUGUAUUUGUAAAAUUCCUGAACUGCCAUUUCUUCCCCACACAAUACUCUCAGAAUCACGUGAUCUUCUGAACCGGCUUCUUUGUAGUAAACUCGCCAUAGAUAUUUCUAUUUAUUUAUUUAUUCUAUUAAACAUUUUCCAAGGCAUAGCAUUUAUUAUUCAUCAUGGAGGAAGACACUUUAUCAAUUGGCACAGAAACCCAAUUUCAUAUUAUUUGAAGUUUGUUCCCACAACUUGUUAUAAAACUGGACACUACAUGUGUGUGGUUAUAUAUUGCUGGGGAGGGAAAUGAUAUAAAAUUAAAGCUACUGUAAAAAUGAUCAUUUUCUAAUUAACUUUGAACUGUAAGAUAAAUUUUCAACUUUCACAAUCUUUAAUUAAAGUUCCUUCUUGUCUGUG